UUUUCCUGGAGAAAGACCGUGGGGAUCCUGUCCUUAGUGGGAGGUGGGACCUUCACUGCUGGGCUCCUUCUGAACAGGGAGCACGUAAGUCCUGGAUUGCAAGUGAGGAGAGCUUACCCACCCAGACAGAGGCUAGAGUGGGCAAUGCCAGCCCUCUGUCUCCGCCCCUGGAUGUAAAGAUAAACCAUGACUGCAGCGCAGAGUACCCAGAUUUGCGUAAGCACCACAGCUACAUGGCCACUUACCUGACUCCUGCCAUGUAUGCCAACCUGUACCACAAAGUCACGCCCAAUGGCUUCACUCUGGACCAGGCCAUCCAGACAGGAGUGGACAAUCCUGGGCAGCCCUUCGUCGAGUCUGUGGGCAUGGUGGCUGGGGAUGAGGAAUCAUAUGAGGUGUUCGCUGAUCUCUUUUUUCCGGUCAUUAUGGAAAGGCACAAUGGGUACAACCCAUAUACUAUGACGCAACCCACUGACCUGGAUCCCAGCAAGAUCGACAGGGGACAACUGGAUGAGCGAUAUGUACUGUCGUGCCGGGUACGAGUGGGCCGCAGCAUCAGGGGGCUCAGUCUGCCCCCAGCAUGCACACGGGCAGGGCGGCGGGAGGUGCAGCGGGUAGUGGUUAAUGCCCUCACCAGCCUCCAGGGGGAGCUGGAGGGUCACUAUUACAGCGUGGCAGAAAUUACAGAGCAGGAGCAGCAGCAGCUGACGGACGAUCACUUCUUGUUUGAAAAACCAGUUUCUCCUCUAAUGACUUGCACUGGAAUGGCCCGGGAUUGGCCCGAUUCUCGUGGGAUCUGGCACAACAAGCAGAAGACCUUCCUUGUGUGGGUCAAUGAAGAGGACCACACCCGUGUCAUCUCCAUGGAAAAGGGUGGCAACAUGAAGCAAGUGUUUGAGCGAUUCUGCAAGGGACUGAAAGAGGUGGAAAAGCAGAUCAUGGAGAAGGGCUGGGAGUUCAUGUGGAAUGAGAAAUUGGGUUACAUUCUCACAUGUCCAUCCAACCUGGGUACAGGUCUGAGAGCCAGCGUUCACAUCACUCUGCCCCACCUCAGCAAGGACCCCCACUUCCCCAAAAUCCUGGAAAAUCUGCGCCUGCAGAAAAGAGGGAGUGGAGGGGAGAACACAGUCGUUGCAAACGGCAUCUUCGACAUCUCCAACCAGGACCGAAUGGGCAGGUCUGAGGUGCAGCUUGUCCAGUUAGUGAUUGAUGGGGUGAACUAUCUAAUCGACUGUGAGAAGAAACUGGAGAAAGGCCAGAACAUCCAGAUCCCUCCGCCCAUCAGCCAGUUCAAAUAGAUUGACUCUGUUUGCUCAGUGGCUCCCCAUGUGGUUUUAAUGCAGAAUUUCACCAGAAAGAGAAAAUGUCUGAUGAAAGCAUUCUAUAACCCGUGAGUACACCAAUGCUGAUAUUCAACAAACACUGCACAGCUGUAUGUACUUACACUGGUGUGGCUCUGCAGUCUAAUAUAUACCUGAUGGAAAAUAUUUAAAAUACAUAAUCUUACAAACCUAUCUACACUUAUGUUUGCCCCAUUGAUUGCACUGUAUGCUUGUACACACAGGGCCAUGUUACUUGAAAGAAUUUAGGAAAUAUUGGGUAGCAUUGCUUUGGAAUACAGCUUGUUGUGAA